AUGUUUAAGAAAAAAGCUGUGAGUUUAAAUGGGUUGAUUUGUCUCGUCGUCGGAGUUAGCAAUAGAGGUGUUGGGAAAGGAAUAGCUAAGCAAUUGGUGAAAGCCGGAGCGACGGUUUAUAUAACUAGUGGAACUCGUCAGACGGAUGAAAACAGUGAAGAAUCUUACUUACAGAGUAUCGCUAAAGAGAUUGACUCAAAGUCUAACAAAUGCCUGGCCAUACAAUGCGAUUUUUCGUCCUACAGAGAUAUCCGAAACUUGUUUGAGAGGAUAGAUUUAGAGCAGGAUGGGCAACUUGAUGUUCUAGUCAACAAUAAUUAUGCGGCCGUUCAAAUUCCGGAGGAAAAGUUGUGCAAAUCAUUCUGGGAGCAUCCGGUAGAACUCUGGGAUGCCGUUAACAACGUCGCAUUAAGAAACCACUACUUAUGCAAUGCACGAGCGGCCAAAUUGAUGGUAACGAGGAAGAGGGGCCUCUUAAUAAACAUUUCAUCAAGUGGCAAUGUCAAGGACGCCGAUAACUUGGCUAUCAACGUUCGUAAAGAAAUUUGCGACAAAUUGUCGGUCAGUUUGGCCAGAGAACUUCAAAAACACAACGUCUGCUGCGUUAGUUUGUGUCCAGGCGUCGUCAGAAUGGAACUCAUUGAGAGAAUGUACAUUGCCGAGUUUGAAAGAUAUGAAUCUAACUGUAAGGCAACCAAAAAAUUGGAGUUGAUGCUGACUGGAGCAGAGAGCAGUCAGUUCACGGGAAUCGCCGUUGUCCAUUUAGCAUCUGACAAAUCGGUGAUGAGAAAAUCGGGCCAAGUUUUACUGACGACUGACUUGGCAAAAGAAUACGGAUUCAAAGAUAUUGAUGAUCAAUUGCCAGCGGAUUUCAGAUCAAUAUCCUUCCUAUUAAAGAUUCACGGUUGGCCUUGGUUGGCUAUGUUCAUUCCGUCGUUUGUCAAAGUACCACAAUGGCUCAUGACAUUUUUUGGAUAUAACGUUUGAUUUACUUUUAAACUGUUUAUUAAUAUACUUAUGUCUAUUACUAAAUUAUAUGAAAUUGUAUUUUAUAUUCAUCAGUCUAUAUAGCAUUAUUGACCAUCCUUUUUUUCUUCCUUAUUCAACUUUCUUUGAUAAUAAUUUUAUUUGAGCCCAUUUAUAAAUUUUAAAAUUGAGUUAGGUGACUGAUAUAACUUUUUAUUUCUUCAAACAAAUUUCUAAGAAAUAGUAUUAUCAUUAUUUGGCGUGGAAUGGUUUUAUAUUGACAUACGUCUAAUAUACAAUAUAAGCGUUUUGUCUUUUUCAUGUCAGAGAAUUUCAUUUUGACAAGGAUAUGAGCAUUUGGAAUUAGAGCCUUAAUUCUCAAUCCUUUGAUUAUCAUUUCAGUUGUCAUUUACAACAAUCCAAUUUCGCUACUGAAGUCAUUGCACAUAAAGAGACUUUACUGUUGCAUUUCUUUUGCUUCAGUCUUUUCUGAGAUGUAGGAUUGUCCUAGACCGCUGUCGAAUGAUUCAUCAUGUGCAUGUUUUUUCAAGUGCAUGUCUAAAUAUCUGUCACCGAUGAAUGAUUCAUUGCAUGCGUUUUGUAUGCACGUUAUCAUGUCGGCGUGUGUUUCACUGUGAAUUAAUAAAAUAUCCAUGUUUGAGAAACGUUCAUUGCAAAUUUUACAGUUUAUGUUUGUUGCAUUCGUUUGUUCUUCAUUGCAAAACAAGUUGUCCUCUGAACAAUAAUUUGAUAGUUCACUUUCAUCCACGUAUGGAAGAUCUAAAAUUGUAAUUUCCUCAUGUUUAGUAGCCCCAUGGUCGUCUGCAUCUUCUUUUACAAUUGUCACACCAGUAGCUGUAACCAUCAUCUCCUCACACUUCACCGAAACUUUAUUCAAUUUUAGCUUUUCAUCUCCAAAUAA